AUGAUUAUCUGCACUUUAUUUUGCACUAAAUAUGACAUUGUGAGUGAAGUGAAAACUGAAAAUAUACGAAAAGCUGUGAGAGAAAAUGAAAAAUUUUCUCGUUCAAGAUUCAUUCAAGUGGAAAAACUUGGAACAUCCUUGAAAAUGAAAUUUCAACAACCUGUCAGCGGUGUUAUGAAAAUAUAA